AUUCUCCGCUGAAUGCAGCCAUUUGCUUUCACGAGUGUAUACGUUGAUACGAUCAUAUGUAAUCAAGAUGGCAUCCACGGAACAAGUCGGCCUUAAUAAAACCUGGGAAUUAUCGUUGUACGAGCUGCAUCGUACACCGCAGGAUGCAAUCACCGAUAAUACAGAAAUCGCGGUUAGUCCGCGAAGUUUGCACAGUGAGCUCAUGUGUCCUAUUUGUUUGGAUAUGCUUAAAAAGACAAUGACCACGAAGGAGUGUUUACAUCGCUUCUGCUCCGAUUGCAUUAUUACAGCUUUGCGGAGCGGUAACAAGGAGUGUCCUACAUGCAGAAAGAAGUUGGUCUCCAAACGAUCUCUCAGGCCAGAUCCAAAUUUUGAUCUGCUAAUUUCAAAAAUAUAUCCCAGCAGAGACGAGUAUGAGGCUCACCAGGAACGUGUUUUAGCUAAAUUGAACAAGUCACAUUCGCAAGCUGCACUUGUUAAUUCCAUCACGGAAGGUAUCAAACUACAAAGUCAGAAUCGUCCGCAGCGUUCGAGAAAAAACGCCAACGAAUCUGAAAAUGCCAGUAACGCAUCCUCCUACAAUAAUGCGCUGAACAUUGGUGCGCCUACAACGCCAAAUCCAUCCACAAAUUUGGCGAAUCAGAGUGAUUCCUCUCAGAGCACAACAGGACCCUUGAACAGUGGAGGAACAACAUCGAGAAAUUCUACUACACCAUCACCAAAUCCAGCGAAUCAAAUCCCAAAGCCACCGAAGCGACAGAAAAGCCUCCAAAAUUCUGAGAAUGAUUCUUCUAGUGCCGAAGCUGAGACUGGCGGCGGUGACUCUAUGGUUGACACGGAAGGCGAAGGUCCUAGCGAACCCCUAAUGCUCAAUGAGAUUGAGCUUGUGUUCAAACCACAUCCCACGGAGAUGGCUGGCGAUAACUCCCUGAUAAAGGCGUUAAAAGAAAAUAGUAUUCGGUACAUAAAAACAACGGCGAAUGCCACAGUGGACCAUUUGAGCAAAUAUCUGGCGAUGCGUUUAACAUUGGACCUGGACACUGAAUUAUCGGAAUCGGAUAGACUGUUAAAUUUCUGUAUUUAUAUUGCGCCUUCACCCGGACAGCUCGUAGUGCUGAGCGGUUCGCAAACCUUACGGCAGGUGAACGACAAAUUCUGGCGGGUCAAUCGACCUUUGGAGAUGUACUACUCGUGGAAGAAGACCUAGGGAAGGCCUCGAAAAUAUCAAUUGGACGGAAGCUAGUCAAAUUCCGCUCCGAAAAGAGGAAAAGAACUGAUCAGUGUAUAGUAUAAUGCAUUAAGUAUGAAGAAUACGUAUCGUUGAUAUAUUAGAUUGUAUCUCCACCAUUUCGAUCUGUUUUAAUGUCUUGUUAGAACCAGUGAUCAUCUUCCUUGCUUUUAACCGAGAGGAAAGAGACGCGUAUCAUUAAUAGAAGAUGGAUAAGGUAAUUGAAGCGUUUGUCAGAUUAAUUUAAGCGGCAUUGUAUGUCCCUGCAUUUUACACUUCAAAUUAAACACCGCUAUAAAGCCGUAUCUUGUGACUUAACUGAAUGUCUUUUAUCGAAUUACAUUUUAUUCGGAGAUAUUUAAUAUAUAUUUAUUCCUGCAAUUUAUAUUAACGUAUAUUUGACUACGUUUUGAUACAAUUAAGUAUUAUAAAUGAUAAAUCUUCAUCUCCGAAUAUUUUAUCAUUUUUAUGAUAAAAUGCUAAUAACCAAGAAAUAUAAAUUUUGCAUUAUAGUUAAUUGAAGCGUUAAAGAAUUUACUGAAUUCUGCUAUUAAUUAUGCAAUUGUUUUCAACAAUUUCGGUUAAAAUUGCUAUUAUGGGAAUUAUCACUUUCCAGAAAAUUUCAAAGAAAAGGGAAAAAUAUGUAUCUGUAUUCUAUAUUAAUGAAGGACCACAGUUAAGUCAGUAUAUCGAUGAUUAACUCAAGAUAUUUAAUAACUUUUCCUCGCAAAUGAGUGCAUACUUUUCGGGAUAUAUGAUUGUCGCUUAAAUUUGAAAUGCAUUAUAUAGUCGCCCAGGAUUCAAUUAAACCGUGGAAUAUAUGAAUGAAUGUAUGAAUAAAACCUAUAGCCAAUUUGCAUUUAUCUUUUGUUGCAUAUAAGUUCUGCAGAAAUUCGGUAUUUAUUGGUACAUAUGUUCUAUCAUUAAUGGUCUGGGUAGCUUUUAAUUAAUUUAUUUAAAUGCCUCUAUAUCGUUUUUAGAAAAGAAUGUAUGUACAUAUGAAAGUGCGAUCCUUUGUUUUGGAAGUAAUAUACGUUACGGUGUUACGUUAUGGCAAAAAUUAACAAAAAAAACAAAAA